CCCCCCCCCCCUCUUCCGCCUUUGCCUUGCACCCUCUCCUUCCUUGCUUCGGUUCUCCCCGCGAUUCCUAAGUUACCAUCCUGCAUUGCCUGAUGGAGGGGCAACACAUAAUGGCCCAGGUCCACAUCCAAGCCCCCUCGUCCAAUUCCGUAGCCGGGGAAGAAUCCAGGCGGUUGCCGAAGCCCGUGCGAGUUGCAGCCAGGGAAAGCAUGGCCGGAGGACGUCUGUUGGACAGUCACAGCCUGGAUGGGAUAAGCCAGGUAUACGGGGCAUCCAAGAGCCAGGAAGGAAGGAGGGCCACUAUAUCAAGCGCCUUGGAAUUGGAAGGAACAGUGAGUUACGAUGGAGACCUGACACACUUUGUGGCCAACAACCUGCAAAUGAAGAUCAAGAUGAGUUCUCGGGGCAGUCUGGACGAUACAGAGCCCACCUCCUCUUCAAUAUCAUCCCAACACUCUGUCCGAGGCAAAACUGCAGACAUCCCUCCAGUGGACCCACAGGUCCUCCGGGAUCUGGAAAGGCUGACCACAGAUGUGGCCCAGAGAGUGGACCAGAUGUUGAGAGCCUUGAACAGCGCGAUCCAGAAUAUGACGGCGCUCAGCGUAGGGUACAUCCAGACCUACCGAGAUGCUGUGGACAGUUUGGGUGAAUCCGUGGACAUGAGCAUCAAAGGGAUGUACACUCUGAUGGCCAGGUGCGAGGAGCUGGACCGCUCCAUGCAGCCUGUUCACCUCCUUGCGAAGCAGAUCCGGGAGAUUAAGAGGACUCUGGAGAUCUUUGAAGCCGUCUGCAAAUAAGGCCCUUGUUCGGAAGGGAUUAACUUGUGGAGUGGUGGGGAGUAAAGAAGAGUGAGCAUUGGACUUCCUGGGAUUUGGGCUUUGAAAGGGAAACUCGUGUUUUUAUGAAAUAUUUCAAG